UUUAUUUGUUCAAAAAAUGCAUGUUCAAGGAGGAGAAAAUGUUAAUACUUUUGACAUUCGAAUUUUCUUUUCUAAUGGAGCAGCUGUCCAAGCUGUUUUUGAAAAAAAUUCUACAGCAAAUGAUUUGAUUCAUUUAAUGAUUAAACACUUGGAAAUUGACGAUAUUAGUGAUGGGGAAGAAGCUUUGGCUAUUUGGCUUGUUUCUCCGCUUUUAGGUUUGCAUUUUUUAAUGAGUGGGACGCGCAGGUUGAGAUUUUGGGCGAGAUUUGAAAAAUAGUUAGGAGUUAACCAACGGGAGGAAAGGGGAAUUGACCAACAGGAAACCUCUUUUGGCCCUAUUUCUUCGUUUCCCCGUGGCUCAAUUUUUUUCCUUUUUCGUGUAUCUUUCUCCCUGAGUGGUCCUAAAAAAUCCUCCCUAACUAAUCCGUACCUAUGUU